AUGACUCUUCCUCUUCGUGAGCUUGGAAAAACUGGUGUAAAAAUUUCUGUAAUCGGUCUGGGUUGUAUGGGCAUGAGUGAGUUUUACGGUUCAUCUGAUGAACAAGAAAAUAUUAAGGUUUUGAAUCGAGUGUUGGAAUUAGGAUGUAACUUUUGGGAUACUUCUGUUCCCAAUGAGAUUCUUAUUUCAAAAAUUCUUAAAGAUCGUCGUGAUGAAGUGUUUAUUUGUACAAAGUUUGGUGUAUCAAAUGUAUCAGGCAAACCUGAAUAUGCUCGUCAGGCUUGUGAAAAUUCUUUGAAAAGAUUGGAAAUUGAUUGUAUCGACCUUUAUUAUCAACAUCGUGUGGACCCUGAAACACCCAUUGAAGAUACUGUUGGUGCUUUAGCAGAACUUGUUAAGGAAGGAAAGAUUAAAUACAUUGGCCUUUCUGAAUGUUCUGCAGCGACUCUUCGACGUGCUCAUAAAGUUCAUCCUAUUUCUGCAGUUCAAAUAGAAUAUAGUCCUUGGACUCUUGAUAUUGAAACAAACGGAAUUAUGGAAACUUGUCGUGAAUUGGGUAUCACUAUAGUUGCUUAUGGCGCGCUUGGACGUGGGUUUCUAACAGGAAAAUUUAGGUCUAUUGAUGAUUUUGAUCCGGAUGAUAUUAGGAGAAAUCAUCCUCGUUUUCAAGCUGAAACUUUUGCUAAAAAUUUAGAACUUGCAGAUAAAUUUAGCGAAUUCGCAAGUAAGAAAGGUUUAACUUCAAGUCAACUUUGUUUGGCAUGGGUUCUAGCUCAGAGUGAUAAUAUCGUUGCUAUUCCUGGUACAAGAAAAAUUAAAUAUUUAGAAGAAAAUCUUGAAGCAGCAAAAAUUCAACUUAGUCCCGAAGAAUUAUCUGAAAUUAGACAAAUAAUCGAUUCUUUUGAAAUUAUUGGUGAUAGAUAUACCGCCGCCGGUAUGAAGGAUCAAAGUCGAACUCAUUUACCUUUAGGAUCGUUGUCAAAAACACAACUUAUCGAUGUUAUGUGUAGGAUCGAUGUUGCACUAAUAUCAUAUAACAAAAGCGUUACAAUUAAGGUUGCUGGAGAAACCAAGAGGUUUUGGCAAGUUGGCAAAAUGCUGAAAUGGUGA